AUGCGUGGCACCAUGAGAGAAGAAGUGGAGCAGGAGCCGGACACUUACGUCGCGCCCGAGCAGCAGCCUGCUCCCGCAGCUGAGCCCGCAGCAGAAGCAGACGCAGCGUCUGCACCUGCUGCCGAAAUCGCGGAAAGUGAGGAGAAGACGGCCGAGACGGACCAGGCCGCUCCAGAUGCGCCUCAAGCGCCCGACGAGAGCGGCGCCAAUCCAGAUGCCCCGGUGCAUGCCGAUGGCGACGCCGCUGCGGCUGCUGGCGGCGGCGAGACCAACAGUGGCCAGGCCGAUGCCGAGGUCGAUGCCGAGGUCGAUGCCGACGCCGAUGCCGAUGGCGAGGCCGAGAUGGAUGUGGGCGGCGACGAUGGCGCCCCCGAGCCUGCCCAGGAAGCCCCUGCCUCUCUGCCUGAUUCGACGGCGGCGGCGACGUCGACAGCCCCUGCGGCGACUGUGGAUGCGAGCGGCGAUGCAACGAUGGCGACGACGACAACGACGACGGCGACCGAGGACCAGCAGGCCCAAGAGACGCGCCAGGAGCUCGCCACCGAGGUUCCUGCGUCCAUGGCUCCCCAGCCGCCGUCGGCGACCGCCACGUCCAACCCGACAUCCACGCCAGGCUCGGAAGCGAGCGUGCUCGGGAAGCGUCCGACCCCUUCCAGCACCGCAACGGCGCCGACGACGACAUCGACAGCAACGCCGCCGGCACCAACACGGGCUACAGCCAUGGCAAUCCCAACUGCGCCCGCUGCCAUGAGGUCCUCGCAGUCGCAGACGCAGACGCAGAUGACGGCCGGCGACCGCAAGAAGAUGCUCGAGGAGCGCGUCCGUAACGAGCCCAGGGACGGCGAGGCCUGGCUCGCCCUCAUCGAGGAGGCGCAGAACCGCGAGGACAUGGACGACACGCGCCGCCUCUACGACGGCUUCUUCAAGACCUUCCCGAGUCAAGGCCGUCAGUGGAUCGCCUAUGCCGACCUCGAGCUGGCCCACUCCAACUUCGCGCAGGUCGAGGCCAUCUUCACCCGCUGCCUCCGCUCGACGCCCUCGGUCGACCUGUGGAAGUUCUACCUGUCCUACACCCGACGCGUCAAUCCGCUGCCGCCUCCCAGUGGCGCUGACGAGGAUGGCCCCAGGGAGCAGGCGAGGCGCGUCCUCGAGGGUGCCUACGAGUUUGCGCUCAAGCACACCGGCAUGGACAAGGACAGCGGACCGAUCUGGAUGGACUACAUCUCGCUCAUCAAGGAGCGCGAGGCUCGCGGCGGCUGGAAGGAGGGCCAGAAGAUGGACGACCUGCGACGCGUCUACCAGCGCGCCGUCAGCGUCCCCGUCGCCAACGUCGAGGCCAUCUGGAAGGACUACGAUGCCUACGAAAACGGCCUCAACAAGCUCACCGCCAAGAAGUUCCUCGCCGAGCGCUCGCCCGCCUACAUGACCGCCCGGCGGGUGCUGCGCGAGCUCAAGGCGCGCUCCGACAACCUCGCCCGCCCGCUGCUGCCCCGCAUCCCCGUGUGGACCACCGCACCCGUCUCGGGCGAUGCCGCCGGCGGCGGCGCGGCGUGGGAAAAGGAGCGUGCGCAGGUCGAGGCGUGGAAGCAGUACCUCAAGUGGGAGGAGAGCAACCCGCUGCUCCUCGAGGACUUGGCGGCGCACCAGGCCCGCGUGCUCUCGGCCUACCGCAAGGCGACCAUGUUCAUGCGUUUCUAUCCCGAGAUCUGGUACAUGGCAUCGCUCUUUCUCUCAUCCGUCGAUCGGCAAGACGAGGCGGCCGAGUGGCUCAAGGAAGGCAUCGAGGCGUGUCCUGGAAGCUUCCUGCUUCCGUUCGCCUACGUCGAGCUCUGCGAGAUCCGCAAGACGACUGCCGACUGCGGCGCGGUGUUCGACGCACUGCUCGAGCACAUCCACGCCAAGAUCGAUGCGCGCAAGUCGCAGCUGGAGCAGACGCUCCGGGCCAUUGAUACCGAGGCGGAACUGGAACGGGCCCAGGCAGCCGCCAAGCGGGUCGACGAGGGCGACGGCGACGUCGACAUCGACGGCGAGCAGCGUGAGCUCGAGAGAAAGGUCGACGAACAGCGGCAGGCCAAGAAGGCGCAGUGCGAGGAGGCGAGCCGGCCCGAGAUCGAGGGACUCAAGGAGGCCGCCGCCCUGGUCUGGAUCAAGUACAUGCACUUCCACCGACGCACCGGCGGCAUCCGCCCCACGCGGACCGUGUUUGGCCGGGCGCGGAAGAGCCCGCACUGCACCUGGCAGGUGUUUGAGGCGAGCGCGCUCAUGGAAUACCACUGCUCCAAGGACGCCGGUGUGGCCACCAAGGUGUUUGAGCUGGCUCUCAAGACGUUUGGGCAGGACGAGGCGUUUGUCGCGCGCUACCUCGACUUCCUCAUCUCGAUCAACGACGACAGCAACGCCCGCGCCCUCUUUGAGCGCACCAUCGGCACCUUCCCUCCGGAGCGGGCGCGGCCGAUCUGGGACCGUUGGGCCGACUACGAGUACAGCUUUGGCGACACGGCCGCCAUCCAGCGGCUCGAGUCGCGGCUGUCGGAGGUGUACCCGGACGAGCCCAAGGUCAAGCGCUUCGUGGACCGCAACAGCUACAUGGACCUCGACAUGAUUGGGCCCAGGGACCUCGGCUUCCAGGCCUCGGUGGCUGGGGCCAGCGCGGCGGAGCCAUCCGGAUGGAGGACGGUCCCGCCGCCACGCGAAGGGCCCGGCAGCAUUCCGAGCGGUGGCGGUCCUGGCGGCGCUGGCAAGGGUUUCGGUGGCGGCCCGGCACCGCCUACGGGUCCCUCUGGACGCUUUGGUGGCAACAACGGUCCGCCGCCGCCGCCGCCGCCCCAGGGCCCGCGCGACGUGUUUGCGGAGCUGCCCGAGGCGGUGCUCUUCUUCAUGGACAUCCUGCCCAACGCCAAGUCGUUUGACGGCCCCACGUUCAAGCCCGACGACCUGAUGGAGUGCCUGCGCCACGCCAACGUGCCCAUGGCCCAGCCCAACUUUGGACCUCCUGGCGGUCGCUUCGGCGGGCCUGGGCCAGGGGGCUUUGGAGGCGGAGGCGGAGGCGGGUUCGGUCGACGAGGAGGUCGAGGUGGACGCAUGGGCCGUCGGUAG